CAGUGUCAGUGACGGGAGAGAGGAACGCGGUGAGGAACGGUGGAGAACCGUGUGGUCACCUAGACCAGCGGCAGCGAGUAACCGCCGAUGCCACAUCGACUCGCGGUAUCGGACCGAGAACAUCGGUCCGCAUCUCUCACAAUCGUGAAUUUCGGAGCCGGCAUAGUCCCGAGUAGUGACCGAAGAGAAAGACAGAGAGUUUCGCAGUUUACGAGCGAGCGAGAGGAAGCCACGCGCGAAGCUCGCGCAUAUAUCUGACGCGGGCGAGAAAGUUCCGAGGAUCAUAUAGAAGAAACGAGUUUGUAAACGAGGCCGGUCACAGGCCGAGCUUCAGUUCGUCUGAGAGACUCAAGAGUGGCGCGAGCGCGUGCGAGCGAGCGGUGUAACGUAGUUAAGACUGAGUGCCUAUGAUAAACGGUUGUGCGAUAAGCGGGAGCUCUUUUGUAUUUAGAAUCUAGGUCUUUAAAAGAUUGACGGUAAAGUUAAACAGUGAUUGAAAAAUUAACGCGGUCGAUAGUGGGUGCGCAUUUUAAAAACUUUUUCUCAGUUUUUAUCGCAUUUACAACGAUCACGAGUCUUUUGCGCUUGUGUGAAAAAUUGUUGUCGAAUAAUCGAGCUGUGAAGACGACCGAAAAUACAUAGCGAUGACUAUUCACAAGAAAGGCAAGGUGUCAAAGAUGAAGAAUGCCGGAGCCGAGAAGAACGUGGCGACGACCUCGACGACGUCGGACGUGGCGACAACGGAGACAGUCGAGGUUGUAUCCUCGACCAGCGUGGAGGAGUCGAGUCAGGUGAAGAAGAGCAAAUCUAAAAGUAGCAUGGUGGAAGUCACGAGCUCCAGUCGCGAGGUCAUCAUGGAUUCCAAAGGUAACAUUAUCAAAGUUAUCGAGACACCUCCGCAGACUAUUCAACAGAACUCGUCCAGCCGAAGGACCGGAAAAAGCUCUCAAGACUUUAUAGCCGGGGAGCAGGUGCAAUCGAUUAAGCAAGCGAAGACGACGCACGAGAUUCCACGCGAGCACGCGACGUCUCUUUCGGAAAGUCGGGCAAUUCAAGGAGAAGCGACUGAACGAGCCAGCCAAUCUAUGCAGGCGCAAAGUCAAAGCGUAUCCCAUUCAAUGGUUCAGCAGUCGAGCUCCUCGAGCGUCUUGGUUGAGAGUUCAUCAGCGGGCGAGGAUCACAGCGAACAUCGUUCCACCGUUGUGGUUUCUCACGACAUUAAAAAUGCGGCUCACGCUCCCGUACUUCAGACAUCGUCAAGGUCGACCGAGAGUACUCACGUGAGUAGCGAGACGAGCGAAGCCGUAAUGAAGGAUGGGCAGACGGUGUCGAGCACCAUGAGAAUUCGCGAGACGGGAGAAAAAAUCGAUGACAAUGGCAGGAUGAUGUCCACGUCGAGCCGGGAAGUUGACAGCGAGCAUACGGUCACACCUUCUAACGUAACUGUCAUUAAAAAUACCGAUGAUAUCAAGAGAACUGGCGAUAAGAGUACGCGCAGCGAUUCAAAACUGGAGAGAUCGAACAUAGAGAUAUCGACACGUUGCAACAAGCCCGGCCAAUCCACGUGGGAUGGCACGUUCGUUUACGAGAAGCCUGCCACUCCUAAGGGCAAAAAUGCCGUUGAUAAAACGGUAUCCGUAAGUUCCAAAAUUCAUGGCGAUACGAAAGACAGUGAAACGAGCACGAAAAUCACUCAAGAAGCAUCGACCGAAGAAGCAUCGUUUAUCGAUCAGAUCGUAUCUUCGAGUUCAAGUGUGACUCGAGAUUCAAAAACGGUAGUCGACGAAAAUCAACGAUCCACGACGACUCAUCUUCGUGAUAUCACGUCGGAGAAGGCCACCGAGAAGGCAGACACUACCGAUUUCGGCGAAAAAUCUCCGAAACGACCGGUUCGUCACUCGAAACCCGGCGACUCGACGUGGGACGGAAGCUUCCUCGUGGAGAAAAUUACGACGCAGCCAAAACGGCGUAACGAUUCCGACGUCAACGUGUUCCAUCACGGUCGCGGCGACGAUGUCGUGGAAACGACGCAGAGAAGAGAUUUUAAAGAGAAGAGUGCGGACGGUACAUACGAGAAGGAGUCAUCCGAGACUAUGCGCGUCGUAAAAGGUGUCACGGACAGCACCAGAUUCAUAUCCGAAGAGCGACAUGAUGUAAGCAGAGAGAGUUCGAUUCGUGUCGACGGCACGCCGUCGAGUAAGGACGAGCACUCUGCUCGCGUAUCCAGCUCGUCGCAAAGAAGGCCCGGCGAUUCCUCAUGGAACGGCGAGUUUGUCUACGAAAAGUCGCAAGAUGACGUGAAGACGCAUCCAUCGGACGUCACCGUCGUGCGCAGAACGGAGAAGAGUCAUGAUUCCGUGGAUGUUCAAGAUGUCAGCGAAGAACAGAACGUUGCUGAAUCGGUUUCCACAUCUUACAUCGUCGAAUACGCGAUUUCCAGCGACAAGAAGAACGUUGAGAAGGUCACGUCGGUAUCCGAGGCGAUUUUGGAGGAAGACGGUCCUGAGGAUAGAAUCACGCGCGGUCCUGAGAGUCCGGAGAGACAGACAAAAGUAGACACGACCUCGCGCUGUUACAAGCCCGGUCAGUCUACUUGGGAUGGCACCUUCGUCCACGAGCGACCAGUGACACCUGACCGUCGUCGAAGACCGGAAGAUAGACGUGCGGUAAAAACCGUCGAUAUUCGGGAUGUUACGGAAGACAAUUCGAUCAAUGAAGCGGACGUCACGAGCACUUCCUACAUCGUCGAGCAUUCAUCGAGCCAGCAGAGUUUCUCGGACGUCAGGGAUGCCAAUAUGAUGUCCACGAUGUACGAGACAGUCGUUUACGAAGGACGUCCUGUUGAAACGACGAUUAGAUUCGACGGAUUUGGAGAUACAUCGCGAGGCAAAGUUUCAACGACGGAACGUCGGACUAGUCCGUCUCCACGACCCAGAAGUCCGGAGAAGAUACCGAAAGAUAGAGAUCUGCGAAGUACCAAACCCGGAUCGUCUACGUGGGAUGGAACUUUCGUAGUGGAAAAAUCGCAAGAGAAGAAGAGACCACCUAGCAGAGAAUCCAUUGAUGGUAGGCUACCGGAUAAACAUUCGGCUGAUGGCAAAAAAACACUCGUGGAUACCUCGAAGAAACACAUUAGCGAAACGGCUCUCGAUCUCCGAGAUGUCACACAGAAUGUAUCUAGCACGUCAGAGAUCGCGGAAAGUUCCGUCGUUAUGGAACAAUCGAGGAUGCACGAAAGCUACACGGAUUCCUCCAAUCUCGAUUUCUCAACGACUUCCGUCGAAACUGUUAUUAUUCACGACGGUCAGCCGGCAACGACGCAAAAAACAGUGACUAUUCAAGAAGGCUUCCAAAGCGUCGCCAAGAGGCUGCCUAGUAGUGACGUAAUAACUACUACCGACGUUAAAGAGACCACUGUUAAAAGCCUCGAGAAGAAGGAGCCUGGCGCGGACGAUAGAAGUUACCGACCUCUGAAACCAGGCUCGUCGACGUGGGACGGAUCGUUCGUGUACGAGAAAUCAAAAGAGAGAAGACCAAGCGAUAAAAAGUCACCGAAAGAUGUAUAUGAAACUGUGGAUAAACAAAGUCCAAUUAAAGAAAAACCGACCGGCAAUAUUGAUCGCAGAACUGUUACAAUAUUGGACACAUCUAAAGAUAUAACGACUGCCGAUCAUUCUACGAGCUCUGUCACGGUCGAACAAACUUUCGUCGCGGAUUCGGAGACAUACGAUUCUUCAAAUAUAUCAAAAAUUUUUAUCAAAGGAAGCGCAGAAGAUAAAAUACAUGAAAUCGAUUAUGAAAAGCCGAGACAGCUGCUCGACGGAAAACCUAAGCCAUCGCCUCGACAACAUCCGGAAGACAUUAAAGAGCCUAAACAUGAAAAACCGGAAAAAAGUCCGGUGGACAGAACGCAUCGACCAUCGAAGCCGGGCGCCUCCACCUGGGACGGAUCGUUCGUGUAUGAGAAACCAGAAGAGAAAAGACCAGAUCGAAAGAUACCAAAAGAUACAGCUGUAAUUGUAGAUAAACGAACCCCAACUAAAGGAAAACCGAGUGACAUUGCUGAUCACAGAGCAUCUAUUACGAUUUUGAACACAUCGAAAGAUGUGUCGAGCUCUGCCGAUUAUACUACAAGCUCCGUGACGGUCGAGCAAACGUAUGCCACCGAUUCAAAGACAUAUGACUUGUCAAAUGUAUCCAAAAUUUAUAUCAAAGACAGUUCGGAGGAUAAAGUACAUCCGAUCGAUUAUGAGAGACCGAAACAGCCCUCCGGCGAAAGACCUAAACCGUCGCCUCGACAACGCCCAGAAGAUACUACGGAGUCUAAAGACGAAAAGCCGCAGAAAAGUCCGGUGGACAGAACGCAUCGACCGUCGAAGCCGGGCGCCUCCACCUGGGACGGUUCCUUCGUGUACGAAAAACCGCAAGAUUCGCGAAAGAAACCGACGAGUGAUGAGCCAGCCGAGAUCAAGCAGAAGCCGGCAGACGAACGAAGACCGAUUGAGAAAGAAAAAAAACCAGUAGAUCGGAAAGAGAAAGCGAUGCCGACUCCGAUUUCGCGAAAACCCACGGACAAGGAAACGCCGAGGGACGUCACUGAAAUCAGAUAUAUCGAAGAUGUCGCGGAUAUCACACAGGCAGAUAUCACGCGUACAUCCGAAGUGCUUCAGCAGUCUUAUGUAAUCGAUCAGUCUUCGAGAUUCACUUCUGUGCAAGACGUGCGCGAUGUUACGGACAAGCGUGUCGUCACUGAAUUUACGACGGACGUGCGCAAGGAUGUGAGAGAUGUUACCGAGUCAACAAAAGAAUUUAUCGAUAAAGAGCAGGUGACUAGUAUGGUAGCGCGGGAUGUCGUUGACAACACCCGAUUCGUUACCAUCACUGGUCCGGCAUCCCGGUCUCCAGCGGAUUUCACGAGGAAACCGUCGCCGGAACAGCCCGGUUACCCUCGUGGAAUACCUGGACUCAGGGAGGACGAUCGACCGAAAUCGAUUCCAAUUGCUGGAAAGCCCAGAGGACCUCCGCAGCGUGAGAAAAGUCCUCAGCGUCCAACGGAACAUGGCAGACCUUCCGAAGUUCGGCCGAAGUCACCUGAAAAGUUUCGGGAUCAUGUGUCUCCAACUAGGAACCCGCAGCCAGCGGCCGGCAAGCCGAGUCGACCCGAAGAAAAACCCAUAGCAUCUAGAAAACUCGAUAAAGAAUCUGGACCCGCGAAACCUAAACCUAGUCGACUUGCCGAGAAGCCUGAAAAACCGAAGAAAUCGGAACAGGACAAACCUAAACGUGGAGAUCAAAGUCCAGACUCGCUCGACGAGGACGUGGUCUAUCCUAAAUCAGUGCCGGCACCGGAUGUAUUGCCGAAAAUCCCUCUGAAGGAACAAUGCAUUUGCGAGCUUUGUACUUGCGGACGUCAUCGCUGCCCGCAUAAUUUGCCCCAGGAACAUUUGGAAUUCUAUCAUGAAGAACCAUUGCACACCGUGACUUCCUAUCGUCAGGAUUACGACGAAAAGCGCGUGGAAAAACAAAUGAAAUUUUAUCAUGAGGAUCACUUGCAUACGGAGGGUGAAUUUAUCGGACAGAGGCGAACCGAUUACGUGGCUACUAAGGGCGAGAGAGCGCCAGUCAAAAAACCACAAGAUCAUCUCAAACCGGAAGGUGAAUUCUUCAAAAGACCAAAGGAAGAGGCGCCUAUAAAGGGUGAAAGGGCACCUGUGAAAAAGCCACAGGACAAUCUCAGACCGGAGGGUGAGUUUGUCGGUAAACCUCGAGAGGAAGCCCCGAAGUAUGGUGAACGGGCGCCGAUCACAAAGCCGCGGGAUAAUUUGAAAUUCGAAGGAGAUUUUGACACUACAACAACGACUGAGCUGGUUUUCACCGGCACUCCUGGCGAACGACCGAUCCCGAUACGUCGCAAUACUUAUACGAAGAUAGAAGGUGAUUUCACUGAUGAAACGACGUCGCGAUCGCAAUACAUUGAUCAUCACAGCAUCCAACGUGCUGAGAUAAUUAAACGAACGGAUAAUCUUACCGUGGGAGAGGGUGAAUUCACGGGUACCUCUCAUAUCAAGGAAGAUUUCCAGACUCAUAUUAUCGAGCGUGAACCUCAGUGGCGACCGAAGUAUUCUGAAGACACCGAUCGGUUUUACAGCAAAACGGAUAUCACUGACAGUACUACGACCACUCAAGAACAAUUUCGAACUUUUGAUCAAACGGAUUAUAAAAGUACCACAGUUAUUAAAAGAGCUGACAAUCUAAGACCCGAAGGAUCUUUCGAAGCAUUACCUCAUACAAAGGAUGAUUAUAUUACACCGAUAUUGCUACGCAGGCCAGAACCACAAAAACCUAAAGAUAACUUAAAACCCGAAGGGCCAUUCGAAGGGCGUCCUAAAGAUGACUAUGUACCUAAACGCGGAGAACGCUAUGAAGUGAAACGGCCCGAAGAUAACUUACGUCCUGAAGGACCAUUCGAAGGACGACCUAAAGAUGACUACAAGCCUACCAGAGGUGAACGCGCUGAUGUUAAAAAACCACAGGAUAAUUUGAAACCAGAGGGACCGUUCCAAGGACGUCCAAAGGAUGAUUUUAUUCCGAAGACAGCAGAACGUCCUGAAGUGAAACGACCGAAAGACAAUUUACGCCCUGAAGGUGAUUUUACGGAUCGUCCAAAAGGUCAAUAUACACCCGGUGAAAAACGCACUCCAAUCAGACAUGCGGAUAACUUGUAUCCUGAAGGCGACUUCGAAAGACCUGAGCCGAUACCUUACGGUCCCGGUGACAGAGCAUCUAUCGUUCGCCAUCCGGAUAAUCUGUUUCCAUCAGGAGAAUUUCCGGAUAGAGAAGUCGAGCCAUUCAAACCUGCCGAACGUAGAACGCCUAUCAAACAGAUCGAUAAUCUUCGUCCAGAAGGUGACUUCGUAGGUAGGCCCAAAGAUGAUUACAGACCGACUAGAGGAGAACGUGCCGAUGUUAAACGCCCUGAAGAUAAUUUACGACCAGAAGGUCCGUUCGAGGGUCGUCCAAAAGAUGAUUAUUCGCCCAAGCGUGCUGAACGUCCUGAGGUGAAACGUCCAGAAGACAAUCUACGUCCCGAGGGUGACUUUGAGAGACCAGAGAAAUCACCUAUUGGUCCAGCAGAAAGACGCACUCCAAUUAAACAUCCGGAUAAUCUCAGACCCGAAGGCAAGUUCGAGCGACCUCGUCAUGAUGGUUACCGUCCGGCAGAGAAACCAGAAGUCAAAAAGCCAGUGGACAAUUUGAGGCCUGAGGGUGAAUUUGAAAGACCUCGUCCUGAAAAAUAUGCUCCAGCUGAAAAACGAACACCGGUGAAACAUCCGGAUAAUCUUAAGCCGGAGGGUGAAUUCAUUGGUAAACCGAAAAGAGAUUUUAUACCUACAAAAGGUGAUCGCGCUGAUGUUAAGAGACCAGAAGAUAAUUUAAAACCGGAAGGUCCAUUCGAAGGUCGUCCAAAAGAUGAUUAUCGACCGGUGCGUGGAGAACGCAUGGACAUUGUAAAACGCACGGAUAACUUACGCAUGGAAGGAGAUAUAGAAACAUAUAGAUCCAGAGACGAAUAUACCGAUUUCUUAAUACGUGAAAGAAGUGAAAUUACUAAAUAUCAAGAUAAUUUACGUAUGGAAGGCGAAUUCAUUGAUACCAGAACACGAGAUGAUUUCAAAAUUGUUAAAGGUGAACGCAUGGACGUCGUUAAACAUCGCGAUAAUUUAAAACCAGAAGGUCCAUUCGAAGGCCGCCCGAAGGACGAUUAUUCACCUAAAAAAGCAGAGAGACCUGAAAUUAAAAAGCCAGAAGAUAAUUUGAAACCAGAAGGAGAUUUCGUACGUCGGCCUAAGGAAGAAGCGCCUAAAAGAGGUGAGAGAGCUGACGUGAAAAAACCGAAAGAUAAUUUACGGCCGGAAGGUGAUUUUGAACGACCAGAGAAAAAACCGAUUGGCCCUGCUGAGCGGCGUUCUCCAAUUAAACAUUUUGAUAAUCUAAAACCGGAGGGUGAUUUUGAGAGACCAAUACCUGAAGAAUUCAAGCCUGCUGAAAGGCCAGUUGUAAAGAAACCACAUGAUAAUUUGAAACCGGAAGGCGAAUUUGUAUCUAGACCGAAAGAGGAAGCGCCGAAGAAAGGUGAGAGAGCCGAUGUCAAAAAACCACAAGACAAUUUGCGACCGGAAGGCGAUUUUGAAAGACCGGAAAAGAAACCGAUUGGCCCUGCAGAGCGACGUUCUCCCAUUAAACAUUCGGAUAAUCUAAAAUCAGAAGGUGAAUUCGAGAGACCUAAACCUGAAGAAUUCAGGCCUGCCGAAAGACCGGUAGUAAAAAAACCACAUGAUAAUUUAAAACCGGAAGGCGAAUUUGUCUCUAGACCAAAAGAAAAAGUGCCAAAGAAGGGUGACAGAGCUGAUGUCAAAAAGCCAAAGGAUAAUCUAAAACCCGAGGGCGAUUUUGAAAGACCAGAAAAGACACCUAUUGGUCCAGCGGAACGACGUACUCCGAUUAAACAUCCAGAUAAUCUGAAGCCGGAAGGUGAGUUUGAACGGCCUGAACAGGAAGGUUAUCGUCCAGCAGAAAGGCCAGAAGUCAAGAAACCGACGGACAAUCUCAAACCUGAAGGCGAUUUUGAAAGACCGCAUCCUGAAAAAUAUACUCCGGCUGAGAAACGAACGCCAGUGAAAUAUUCAGAUAAUCUUAAACCGGAGGGUGAAUUUAUUGGUAGACCGAAAAAAGAUUUUAUACCCACUAAAGGUGAUCGCGCUGAUAUUAAAAAACCAGAGGAUAAUCUAAGACCAGAGGGUCCAUUUGAAGGUCGACCAAAGGAUGAUUAUCUACCGGUACGUGGAGAACGCAUGGAUGUUGUAAAACGCACGGAUAACUUGCGCAUGGAAGGAGAUAUAGAAACUUACAGAUCUAGAGACGAAUAUACCGACUUUUUAAUACGCGAAAGAACGGAAAUUACUAAAUAUCAAGAUAAUUUACGUAUGGAAGGUGAAUUUAUUGAUACAAGAACGCGGGAUGAUUUCAAAAUCGUUAAAGGCGAACGCAUGGAUGUCGUUAAACAUCGUGACAAUUUAAGACCCGAAGGUCCGUUUGAAGGGCGCCCGAAGGACGAUUAUUCACCUAAGAAAGCAGAGAGACCUGAAAUUAAAAAGCCAGAAGAUAAUUUGAAACCAGAAGGAGAUUUCAUACGUCGGCCUAAGGAAGAAGCGCCUAAAAGAGGUGAGAGAGCUGACGUGAAAAAACCGAAAGAUAAUUUGCAGCCGGAAGGUGAUUUCGAAAGACCGGAAAAGAAACCGAUUGGCCCUGCUGAGCGACGUUCUCCGAUUAAACAUUCUGACAAUUUAAAACCAGAAGGUGAAUUCGAGAGACCAAUACCAAAAGAAUUUAAGCCUGCCGAAAGACCUAUUGUAAAGAAACCACACGAUAACUUAAAACCGGAAGGCGAGUUUGUAUCUAGGCCGAGAGAACCAGCGCCGAAGAGAGGUGAUAGAGCCGAUAUAAAAAAGCCGCAAGAUAAUUUGCGAUCAGAGGGUGACUUUGAAAGGCCGGAGAAGAAACCGAUUGGUCCAGCGGAAAGAAGAACUCCGAUUAAACAUGCAGAUAAUUUGAAACCGGAAGGUGAAUUCGUGGGUAAACCUAAAGAAGAAGCUCCAAUAAGAGGAGAUAGAGCGGAUGUUAAGAGACCUGCAGAUAAUCUUAAGCCGGAAGGAGAGUUUGAAAGGCCUGAAAAAGCUCCAAUUCGACCGGCAGAGAAACGAGUGCCUAUCAAACAUCCUGAUAAUUUACGACCUGAGGGUGAAUUUGAAAAACGUCCGAAGGAAAAGACACCGGUCAAAGGCGAUAGGGCGGAUGUUACCAGACCAAAGGAUAAUUUGCGACCGGAAGGUGAAUUUGUGAGACCUCAGAAAUCACCGAUUGGACCAGCGGAGCGACGUACGCCGAUUCGACACGAAGACAACUUGCAUCCGGAGGGUGAAUUCGUUGGUCGACCGAAAGAUGAUUUUAUUCCCAAGCGCGCCGACCGACCGAUUCAAAAGAAGCCUAAAGAUAAUUUGAAGCCUGAAGGAGAAUUCGUAGGAAAACCCAAGGACGAUUACAAGCCGACUAAAGGGGAGAGAACCGAGAUCGUGGUGCAUCAAGACAAUUUGAAGAUGGAAGGCGAUAUAGAUAUUUAUCGAUCUCGAGAUGAUUAUGUGACUACGUCUAAACGCGAACGUGUGGAUAUUGUGCAUCACGAGGAUAACUUGAAAAUGGAGGGUGAAUUCGUUGAUAUUCAUCGACGAGACGAUUAUCGAGUCACUCGUGGUGAACGCAGCGAAAUUAUUAAGCGUGACGACAAUCUUUACCCUGAGGGUGAUUUUGAACGGCCAGAGAAAGCGCCGAUAGGUCCCGCAGAAAGAAGAUCUCCCAUUAAACAUCCUGAUAACUUGAAGCCAGAAGGUGAUUUCGUACAACGUCCGAAGGAAACCGCGCCUAUUAAAGGUGACCGAGCAGCCGUCAAGAAGCCGAAAGAUAACUUGAAGCCCGAAGGUGAAUUCGAGAGACCAGCGAAAUCGCCCAUUGGUCCCGGUGAACGACGAUCACCCAUUAAACAUCCGGAUAAUCUUCAUCUAGAGGGAGAAUUCGUUGGCAGACCGAAGAAAGAAACGCCACUGAAAGGCGACCGAGCGGAUGUGAAGAAACCGAAAGAUAAUCUUCACCCCGAAGGAGAAUUCGCGAAACGUUCCCCGAAGAAAGUAGAACCGGCUGAGCGAAGAACUCCGAUCAAACACGAGGAUAAUCUUCAUCCCGAAGGAGAUUUCUACAUGGUGCCUAAAGAUGAUUUUACUCCAAAGAGAGGAGAUCGAUCACCGGUUAAGAAACCUCAGGACAAUCUUCGUCCCGAAGGUGAAAUGAAAGUAUCUCCAAAGGAUGAUUAUAAAUAUGUAAAUGGAGAACGCGUGGAAGUGCGUCGGCACGAGGAUCACCUGCGCAUGGAGGGACAAAUGGACAUUCACCGUUCGAGAGAUGACUAUAAGAAAAUCACGAGAGUGGAGAAAGUGGAUGUUAAGAGGCACGAGGAUAAUCUCAGAAUGGAAGGUGAAUUUAUCGACGUGCGUCGCAAGGAUGAUUACGUGCACAUGGUUGGUGAACGCGUGCCGAUUAAAAAGCAUCCGGACAAUCUACGUCCAGAAGGAGAUUUCGACAGACCUCAGAAGACGGUGAUCGGCCCCGCGGAAAGAAGAUCGCCGAUCAAGCAUCCGGACAACCUGAAGCCGCAGGGUGACUUUGAACGUAGAACUCCGGGUAAGAUUGGUCCCGGCGAACGACGGUCGCCGAUCCGUCACGCCGAUAACUUGAAGCCGGAAGGUGAUUUUGUCGGACGUCCGCGCGAUGACUUCACUCCCAAGAGAGCAGAAAGAGCCGAAGUCGUAAGAAGAGAGGAUAAUCUAAAAAUGACGGGCGGUUUCGAAGGCACAACGUCUCACAAGUCGACUUACACGGUGGUUCGUGGCGAGCGAGCGGACAUUAAGUCGCACGAAGAUAAUUUAAAGAUCAGCACCGGCACUAUGGAAACAAAAACGACUAAUAGAGAUACUUAUACACCUUCUAAACACGAACCUUCUCCCGCUGGUAAAACGGUAAAUCGCCGAAGGCACAUGGAAUCGUCUAUCUCACUCGGUGACGACACUACCACGAUGACCACGACGAAUCAACGUAACUACAAUACCUACACGAAGCGUGCAGGAAAGGAUAUCGCUGCCAAGAUGAGCCAUACGGAAUCUGAUACUAGAAAGACCGUGGAAUCGCAAACUUUAGCAGAUGGAACUGUUGUCACGACCGUAAAACGUACAACGACUUCCGCUCAGUCCGAUCAGAGAGCCGUUAAUGCUCAGACUCAUCAUCAACAAGCUCAACAUAUUACGGACCGUCGCGCCACUCAAACGAUCGAUGUUUCGCCAUCUGGUCCGCAACCCGUGGAUUCGCGAAAAAUGACUUCCCAAUUGGUAUCUAAUCAGCAUCAUGAACAGCAUCAAAGAACUCAUUUGAGCGAGCAACAUUUGCGAUCGCAGAACAUGCAGAGUCGUCGAAUCGAUGACCGAUCGAUCACGGAAGGACUAAAUCAUCGAGGGCAAUUCAUGCGAGGGGAAGAUACAUCUCGUUACGCGAUCGACGCCACACACGGCGAGCUCCAUAGGCAGCAGCAUCAGCAGCAGCAGCAGCACCACGUCGAGCGUCAUCAUCAGGAAAUGACCAAGCGCGAUUACGUGAACGCGCAACAUAUGGAAAGUCGGCAAAGAACCGCGACGAAGCAGCACGAGCAGCACACAAUUUCCAGCCAGGCACGAUAUAAUUCGAACAGCCCGGAAUUCCGGCAAUCAAUCAACGGGCAAACGACCGUAGAACGAUCACAGGUGGACCCAGCCGCGAAGUUCAGUCACCAUCGCAAGAACGUGAUAUCCUCUUCGUCGGCCGACGUCAGCAACGCGGUGCUUCAUCGACGCGGCGCCGCUUCUUCCACCGAGGCGCUUCACACGAUCUCGUCGACGGCGGCGGACCAGCGCAAAAGUAUUUCAAAUCUGGCCGAGAGCGGACAGUACAUCAGUAAUUCGAGCCAGAGCAACGACAGACGUAGCUUGACUUCGCUGCAUCGCAGCUCUAAAGAAAUCAAUCCAUGGGCCUCGUCCAGCUACGAACGCCCGCAGAGAAUCGUUCGGCAAGAUAAUCUGACUGUCGGCGGGAAGUUCUAUUCACAAAGCGAGGCGAAAAGCUAUGGAAAUUUCUCGCAAAGUACUCAGAAAGUAGAAAGAGUCCAGAGGCAAGCGAACGCAUCCCACAUUAAUUUGGGCGACGGUAGCACUGUCAGUUCUAAUACCAUGUAUAAAAAAGAAUUUGUUCCUAGGCACAGAGGACCGUGUCCAGCUACUCUUCUGGAAGCCAAACAGGCGCCUUUCAAGCACACCAGAGACACGCCAAAGCACAAGUUUUACAUGCCCGUCGUGUCUAAUUAGAUUGGAUCAAAUUUAACGUUUUAUCCUUUUUUUUCCAGAAAUUAUACAAUAAUAUUAAAGCAUUAAAAUCAAAA